AUGGCCCGCACGGUCGCCCUGAUCGCCGCACUCGCCGCGACGGCCUCGGCCUUCGUCGCGCCCGGCGCCGCCGCGCCGCGAUUGUCGCCGCGCCGCGCCGGCGACGACGUCGAGCCGCCGCCGGACGCCACGACCAAACGCAUCCAGUCCAUGGUCGACGACAACACGGUCAUGCUCUUCAUGAAGGGCACGAAGAUCUUCCCCCAGUGCGGCUUCAGCAACAUGGCGGUCCAGAUCCUCAACGCCAUCGGCCAGGACUUCGAGACCUACGACUGCCUCUCGGACGAGAACGUGCGGUCGACGAUCAAGGAGUUCUCGGACUGGCCGACGAUCCCCCAGCUCUACGUCGACGGCGAGUUCGUCGGCGGCUCCGACAUCAUGCUCGAGAUGUACGAGGCGGGCGAGCUCCAGGAGAUGAUCGAGGUCGCGGCCGCGUCCUAG